AUGGCUGAUAAAAUUGCCAUAGUAACUGGCUCCAACAAGGGUGUCGGCUUCGGUACGGUUAAAGAAUUGUGCAAGAGAGGAGUUGGUGUCGUUUACUUAACUUCAAGAGACAUCAACCGCGGUAAAGAAGCUAUAGAAAUUUUAGAAAAAGAAAAUCUCCAUCCCCAAUUUCAUCAACUAGACGUGAGUAAUGAAGAAAGUGUUAAAGCUUUCGCCCAAUACAUCAAAGAGAAACACAAUGGACUAGAUAUUCUGAUUAACAACGCUGGCCUACUUGAUCCUGAUUUUUAUAAAAUUAACUAUGAAGAUGCAAAAAGAGUAAUUGACACCAAUUACUAUGGAGUUUUAUUAAUGCAAAAGUACUUCUUUCCACUUUUGAAGGAAAAUGGACGAGUCAUAAACGUAUCUAGCUCUUGGGGCCAUAUAACGAAUAUAAAAAAUUCAUAUUGGAUUCAACGUCUUACUAAAGAAAACAUAAGCCUAGAAGACACCGAUGCAUUUAUUAACUGGUUCUUGGAUUCUAUAAAGAACGGAACAGUGAAAGAAGAGGAUUUCGUUUCUUACACUGUUCUUGCAUAUAGAGUCUCAAAGGUAGCACUGUGUGCUCUCACUAGAAUCCAACAAAAACAAGCCGGGAAGAAUAUUUCAAUUAAUUCCCUUCAUCCUGGGUUUGUUCGUACAAAUAUGACAAAAGGGGCAGGUGAUAUGUCUGCAGAAGAUGCUGGUAUCACCCCUGUAUAUUUAGCCCUUGAUAUUGAUCAGUCUGUGAAAGGCAAGUAUAUUUGGUUUGACAAAACUGAAGUGAACUGGGCAGAUGCUAGUCUAAACUUUUUAGAACCAUUUGAAUAUUUCGAAAAGUGCAUUGAAGAUGCAGCUAAAAACAAAUACUAA